CGGGUCGGAUCGGCCGAUCCGGAUCAGUAUCCGAUUCCCAGGACGAUACCGAUACCCAUCUCCAGAUCGGUCAGGUAUCGGGGGAUCGGCCUCAGCCGAUACCAAUCCGAUACCGAUACUUGAUUCCAUGAUUGCAACUCUCCGACCAAUCUGUGAUUGUUUGAUCUAAAUCCCACCUUGUACAAGUUUACAACCAAACAAACAUAAAAUCCUACGCUUUAGAGUAAUUUCGUACCACUGUCCCGACCCACCCCUGCAAAGCCCUUUCAAACAAAUGGCUGUGGAUGAAUCCUUCUCCGUGAAGGAAAACUUUCCCACUCUGUUUUAAUAUAAAAAAAACCCCUCAAAAUACCGCCUGAUUCCAAGUUUCCUUCGUUUCUUAUACUCUCGACUCUGCAAGUGAGGCAGCGGGGAGAGACGGUCGACUUCUCCUGAAGCCUAGUUCCUUUCGCUGGAAAAGAACUGAAUACUCCUUCAACCCUCAUGAAAGGAAUUGAGUAACAAAAUUAUACCCAGUCAAGAUGGCGCUUUUCUCUGUCGAUAGUAAAGAAGUACUAGUGUCAAGAACAAGAAGGGAUGAACCUCCAACUCACUUCCAACUUAGGAUCGACUCAUUUUCCUUGCUCUCAAAGUCCUCACUUGAAAGAUACGACUCUGGCAAUUUCGAAGCAGGUGGAUACAAAUGGAAACUCUGCCUGUACCCAAAAGGAAACAAGGGCAAAAAUGGGGAAGGGCACAUCUCUCUCUACUUGGAAAUCUCAGAAACAGACUCCCUCUCUCCAGGUUGGGAGGUCCAUGCCUUGUUCAGGCUGUUGUUGCUUGACCAACUUGGGGACAAGUACUUGGGCAUCCAAGAUGCCAAUGGAAGAGCAAGAAGAUUCCGUGCAUCAAGAACUCAAUCUGGGUUCGACAGAUUAAUUAGCCUGAAAGAAUUCAAUGACCCUACGAAUGGAUACUUGGUCGAUGACAUUUGUGUGUUUGGAGCUGAAGUCUUUGUCCACAGAGAGAGUGUUGCAGGGAAAAGGGAGUGUUUGUUGAUGAAAGCAGGGCCUGACACUUGUAACUAUACCUGGAAGAUAGACAAGUUCUCCGAAUUAAAUAAAGAAUCUCAUUUCUCUGAAGUGUUCACUGCUGGUGGUCAUAAAUGGAGAAUAAUACUCAGGCCCAAAGGUUGUGGUGAAGAGGAAGGCAAAAGCCUUUCUUUGUUUCUGGAGUUGAAUGAUUCAACAACCCUUCUUCCUGGCCGAGGAGUGUAUGUGGAGUACCAAUUGCGAGUAGUGGACCAAGUCGACGGCAAGCACGUGGAAAAGAAAAGGCAGAGAUGGUUUAAUGACUCAAAUAAUAAUUAUGGUCUCAGAAAUUUUCUGUCUCUCGAUAGUUUCAGAGACCAAUCAAAGGGAUACUUGGUGAAAGAUGUCUGCAUCGUUGAAGCACACCUUCUACUCAUUGGAGUAAUAGAGAAACAGGGCUCCAAAUCAGAAUGGAAUCACUCAACAUUUCUUGAAUUGAAUAAGGAAUUCCAUUUCUCUGAAGUGUUCACUGCUGGUGGUCAUAAAUGGAGAAUAUAUCUCUAUCCCAAAGGUACUGGACAAGAGAAGGGCAAAAGCCUUUCUUUGUUCUUGCAUUUGGAUGAUUCAAAAACCCUUCUUGCCAGCCGCGGACUGUAUGUGGAGGUACAAUUGCGAUUAGUGGACCAGAUCAACGGCGAGCACGUGGAACAUAAACUGCGUAACUGGUUUAAUGACUCAUCUAAGAAUUGGGGUCGGAGAAAAUUCCUUUCCCUUAAUAGUCUCAGAGAUCAAUCAAAGGGCUACUUGGUGAAAGAUGUCUGCAUCAUUGAAGCACACUUUCUACUCGUUGGAGCAAUUGAGAAACUGGGCCAGAGAGUAAAAUGAGAGGAGAAGAAGCUUUGGAUGGGCUCCGUAUCUUUCUAUGGCUUAGGUUAUUCAGCUAGAUCUGGUAGAUGAGGUUACAGCAGCGUUGAUGAAGUAUCUGCAUAUAAACAUGAACAAUUACAAUUGUACUUGCCAGUGAUUUAUUAUGUUACUAAAUUUUUCGCUUAUGAUGCUCAAGAAAUACUUUUUUUUGUUGUUUCUAGUGUUGUGCAUUGUUCUCUUAUAAGCUGAACAAAUUUUUUUUCCCUUCUGGGUUGCUACAUAAUCUGAGCAAGAACAAGUUCAUUAAA